GAGAGAGAGAGAGAGAGAGAGAGAGAGAGAGGGGGAGUAAAGUGAGGCGAGAGUCUAGAGCUCACUAAAUAGCAGCAGAGGACUCAGUUAUGGCAGAGAGCAUGGAUAUCCUGGAACAGCUGUCGGUGACUUUUAAGAAGUUUGCCGUCCACGGAGACCACAAGGCGACGGGCAAGGAGCUGAAUGGGAAGAACUGGGCCAAGCUCUGCAAAGACUGCAACAUCGCAGACGGCAAAACCACCACCAGCACAGAUGUGGACAUUGUCUUCACCAAAGUCAAAGCAAAGUCUUCCCGGGUCAUCACCUACGAGGAGUUCAAAAAGGCCCUGGAGGAACUCGCUCCACGGAGGUUCAAAGGUCAGAGCAAAGAGGAGGCCCUCCAGUCUAUCUACAGGUUGGUCGCCAACAAGGAGCCAGCCAACCUAGGCGUCACGAAAGUGCUGAAGGCCGCUGCCGUGGACAGACUGACGGACUCCUCCCGCUUCACCGGCUCCCAUAAGGAACGCUUCGACUCCAGCGGGAGGGGGAGGGGGAGGGAGGGCCGGGAGGAGCUAGUGGAGAACACGGGCUAUGUGGGAGCCUAUCGGAAUGCUGGAACCUACGAGGAGAAGAUGAAAGACAAGUAGAGCCCCCCCCAGUCCAUUCUCUCAUCCUACUGAGUUUUGUUCUUUAUUCAUCACAAAGGAACGUGUUUUGCUUAUCAUUGUUUUUUUACGUAACGACCCAAACCAGCUGCUAACCAACUGGAAGAUAUAGAACACAGAUUGUAUUAACUUGCUUUCGCCAUGCCUUGAAGUUCAAGGGUUAACUUUGAUAUAUGUGGAAUCUUGAGUGGGUUUUAAUUUGGAUUGGAAACUAAAGUUGGGGCCAUACUGCUAGCCAGCCAAAAGCUAGUUACAAAUAUGUAUUUAUGGGUUUCCGGUUAUAUAUUUGUUAAUUAAGAUGAGCACUCAUCUCAACUGGAAAAUUUAGAAACCCAUUCUAUCCUUGUUUAAUGUCAUGUAUUUUCUAAGUAACCGAACAGGUUUCAAUAAAGGUUGAUCAUGUUUUGAAUACAA